CCUGAAGACCCGUUUCGUAAAGCGCAUGCGUAGUCACCAUCUUCCUCCAGGCCAUCGGUGUUCCGUCCGUUGUGUCUCAGAUCCUCAAACGAUAUUAGAAGAAGAUUUACAGUCAAGAAACUGAAACCAGACAUCUCAUUAAAAUUUGACAGUGCCCUUCGAUUCAUCAGUAUGUGAAAUGUUAUUGGCAUCUGAAUAUAUGAGCCAAUAUUGCCAAUCCCCAGUUGCUUGUGAUGAAGAUAAUGUUUGGCCUUCUUGAACCGCUGCAGUCCAUAUGAUGAAGGUGCUCCCACAGCAAGGUUGUUUGAAAGGGAAGAUUUUCAGUCGGGGAAACGAAACCAUCAUGAUGUCGGGAUCCAAUAUCAUUCGGACUCUGAACAUGGAAAGAAAAAGCACCAUUCACAGUUUGGAGAAACCAUAUACGUGUCCUGUGUGCGAGCGACGUUUCAGCCGAUCUUGUGACCUAUCGAGACACAGACGGUGUCACACCGGGGAGAAACGGUGGGAAUGUGGAGACUGUGGAAAGGGAUUCCGAUCCCCAUCUGAAUUGGAAAGGCAUCGGCGCAUUCACACUGGGGAGAGACCAUUCACCUGCUGUGAGUGUGGGAAAGGUUUCAACAAUUCGUCUAACCUACUGAAUCACCAGCGAGUUCACACUGAUGAGAGACCUUUUAAAUGUCCUGACUGUGGAAAGUGCUACAAAAGUCCAGGGGACCUGAUGUCCCAUCAACUUGUUCACACUGAGGAGAGACCAUUCAGGUGCUCUCACUGUGGGACUAGGUUCAAGCGUUCAUCUGAAUUUAGUGUCCACCAGCGCACUCACACUGGGGAAAGACCAUUCACUUGUACUGAGUGUGGGAAGGGAUUCACUCGGUCAUCCCACCUACUAACACACCGACAAGUUCACAGUGACGAGAGAGCAUUCAGAUGCCAGGAAUGCAAAAAGUGCUACAAAAGUUCUCGGGAACUGAUGUCCCACCAACGUGUUCACACAGACGAGAGACCUUUCAAGUGCUCCCACUGUGGAUUUGCAUUUAGACAAUCAUCUCAACUCUCUGUACACCAGCGAGUUCACACUGGGGAGAGACCAUUCACUUGCUCUGAGUGUGGGAAGGGAUUCACUCAAUCGUCCCACCUACUGAGACACAAGCGAAUUCACAAACACACUGGGGAAAGGCCAUUCACCUGCAGUGACUGUAGGAAGGGAUUUUCUCAUUUAUCCACCUUGCAAAAACACCAGAGAACUCACACUGGGGAGAAACCAUUUGCCUGCCACCAGUGCGGAAAGAAUUUUGCUCAGGUAUCCACCUUGCGUACACACCAGAGAACUCACACUGGGGAGAAACCAUUCACCUGUCCUGAGUGUGAGAAGGGAUUUGCUUAUUUAUCCACAUUACAUGCACACCAGAGAACUCACACUGGGGAGAAACCAUUUGCCUGCCACCAAUGUGGGAAGAAUUUUGCUCAGCUAUCCACCUUGCUUACAGACCAGAGAACUCACACUGGGGAGAAACCAUUCACUUGUCCUGAGUGUGAGAAGGGAUUUACUUAUUUAUCCAUAUUACAUGCACACCAGAGAACUCACACUGGGAAGAAACCAUUCACCUGCUCUGAGUGUGAGGAGAGUUUCAGUCAUUUAUCCAGCUUACAGAAACACCAGAGCACUCGCACAAAGGAGAAACCAUUCACCUGCCCCGGGUGUGAUAAGAGAUUCACCCAGUUCUAUAGCUUACGGAGACACCAGAGAACUCACACAAGGGAGAAAAUGUUCACUUGUCCCAAGUGUGGGAAAGGAUUCACUCAGUCAUCUUCCCUGCUGAUGCACAAAAGAGUUCACACUGGGGAGAGACCUUUCCAAUGCCCAGACUGUGGGAAGUGUUAUAAAAGUUCUGGGGAACUGAUGUCCCAUCAACUUGUUCACACUGAUGAAAGACCGUUCAGGUGCUCUCACUGCGGGACUGGGUUCAAGCGCUCAUCUCACCUCACUGCACACCAGCGAAUUCACAGAGUGGAGACACCGUUUACCUGCUCCAAAUGUGGGAAAGAUUCUAUCAGUCAUCCAAACUACUGAGGCACCAGCGAGUUCACAAGUGACUGUAGGAGUUAGACUUUGCUGUUUAUUGCUUUUAUGAAUCACAUCAGUACUGAACCUGUGAAUAAUCCUGAGGUGGGUAAGAAGUAGUGUCUCGGCUGCUCUCUUCCAUGGCUCAGAGCUCCCAGAUAUGGAACAGAAGCUCCUUUACAACUGGGUUUAGAGAUUGGAAGAGAAAUAGGGAAUGCAGGAAACAAGCUAUAAAAAAUGAGAGAUUGGGUUCACACUGGAGCUGUUCCUUAAGUGAAAGUAAAAUGGCAGGUAUAAGUUCCAACUCUGAAAAUGACUGUUGUGAGAUUCUUGAUUCUCUCAAUGUAAGGCCAGAACAAAAUCAACUUGCGUUUAUCAUAAUAUUUCACAAAGUAAAGUCUACAUGGGAUUUUCAUGGAUGGUCAAAAGCUUGUUUAUGAAGGUCGAGUUUAAGAAUUAUCUUAGAAGGAGAAGAGAUAUAGGGAAAGGAAGGGAAUUCCAGAGCUUGGGACCUUGGAAGCACGGUCACCAUUGUGGAAGGAUUUGAGUGAGGAACAGUAAAGGCUCAGAAUUAGAGAGGGACUGGAAGGCCAUAAGGCUGGGCAAGAUCCCAAAUGCUGUCAUUAAGGACGUGACUUCUUCCACAGAACUUCAAAGCUAUAUGGAACAGGUGCAUGCAGGUUGUUACCAUGGCCAUGCGGGACAUGUCUGCUGCCUUAAACAGCAGAUGACAUUUACUGUCUCCAUGGAUUUACAGCACGCCACUGAUCUCUAUCAAGCUGAUGUGCAGUGAGCUGGGAGCAAUGGUGUAACGCUGCUCCAGGAGAGGGAUGAUGAAGAAAGGAGACAUAGAAAUGGGAACUCCACUCAAAGCACUCCCAUUUCUCACCCUGUAAACACCUCUCCCCGACCAAUCCCUGAGGCAGUAGACAAUACACACUGCCUUCAUCUCCUCGCGCACUGCCCUCUGCCUCACGAGCUCAGUUUGUGCCCCACACAGGUACAGUUGAAAUAGGCUUUUCAGGGACUCUGAAACCCAGACAAAGAAAUUAAAAACAUCUGAGCAACCCAAAACCUUACAGGAUGCACCAGGUUGAAGUGACAGGAACACUCUAUGCUAGAAAAUGUAACUCACCAAGAAUUGUGCACAUGGGGGUUUGGCAAACUAUUAAGUCUUUUUAAAAAGAUGUUGACACACAAUAUGUAUGGAUUGGAACUGCUAACAGCUCUUGUCCAUUCUCACUUCCUGAGACUUGCUCACUUUUUCUCUGGUUUCAUGCUGUAUGAUUAUUAUUUAUAAUUUAAUCAACUUAUUUGGACAUGUUGCAGCACACCUCUGGGGCAGGUGGGACUUGACAGAGGUAAAGGUAAUCAAACCA